UUUGUUCCAGGAUCACACGUACUGUGUCUUCUUUCAAAAUACAGCAUGCAGAUCAGCUGCUACAGACCUUGCACAUGAGCUUGUGGAAGAUCUCUUGUAACAAAAGAGUUUUUAGGCGCUUUAUUUGCAAGGCAAAGUCACGGGAAGACAGGUAAGAUGUGCUUGUGCUGUAGCUGCAGAUAGGUUUGAGCAUCCGUGGGCUGUUCUGCUUCUGCCUGUUUUGAGAAUCAUAAGAAGGAUGCAUGAUAGUAGCAGUAUGAUGCAAAGUUUCAGCUAAUGUGUUGUGCCUUAAAGGAAAAUUCUGACAUUACAAAGGCAAAUACCUCACAGCUUCCCAGGGAGCUGAAGAGGAUCAGGGUACAUACAGGAGCGUGAUCUUCCAGUUCUUCCGCAUGAUGCUUGUUGGCUUCAGUGAAAUGUAGCACCUCAGACACGAAAAGUGUGGGGUUUUGGGGUUGGGGAGUUUGAAGGUUGGCUUUUUUGUGGGUUUUUUAAAUUAUUAUUUUUUUCACUAUAAGGAACUCGAGCCUUUUGACUCGUUCCAUCAGCCACAGGAGCUGCCAGUGGUUAAUAGUUCUCCUAGUUAGAGCUGGCCAAGCAAGAAAGGUUUUUAAGGACGUUAUGUGCUUCUAAACACGGCCAGUUGUAACAAGCCUUAAUAUUUAAUAUAUCUGUAGAGGCCUCUUGCCCUCCUAAGAUGUUCUUUGGCAUUGUUGUGAAAUCUAGGUGAAAUAUUGCAUUCUGUUUAUUUAAAGGUAUUGUUUUUACUUCAGUGAACUGCUAACUCUUCUGAUACAGCUCAUGAUCGAUAUAUGUAAUUGAGGUCAAAGGCACCUCGAUUCCCCAGGUGCUCUUUGUACCUUUUUAGGAAAAGAGAACCCCUUCUUAGCAAGACACGGCGUAACUUCCAUGACUGUUUUGUCUGCCCAGCUUGUGGAAUGGCUUUUGACAUUGUGCUCUAAAAAGGAAAUCGGAGAGGGAAAUCACUUUAAAUCACCAACCGAUGUAUUUUUGAAGUUGAAAAAUCUGAGAUGCAUUAGAAUUCAGAGACCUCCCUUUGCUUAAGGUAUGGUGUGAAUAUGCGUUGCUUGGCAGCUCGGGUCAACUACAAGACUCUGAUCAUCAUCUGCGCCCUCUUCACCCUGGUGACGGUGCUGCUCUGGAACCGAUGCUCCUCCGACAGAGCCGGCCCGUUCCCCCGCAGCCUCGCCGGCCCCGAGCACCGAGCUGCCGCCGCCUCCGAGAGCGACCUGGCCCGGCAGCAGAGCGAGGAGGCAUCGCCCCAGGAGCAGCAGAAGGCUCCCCCCGUCGCGGGAGGCUUCAACGGCAACAAAGCCCCGGGGCUGAAGUACGAGGAGAUUGACUGUCUGAUCAAUGACGAGCACACCAUUAAAGGGAGGAGGGAAGGCAACGAGGUCUUCCUGCCGUUCAGCUGGGUAGAGAAAUACUUUGAGGUUUAUGGGAAAAUUGCUCAGUACGAUGGUUAUGACAGGUUUGAAUUCUCUCAUAGCUACUCCAAAGUAUACACACAGCGAGCACCUUACCACCCCGACGGGGUCUUCAUGUCCUUCGAGGGCUACAACGUAGAGGUUCGAGACAGAGUGAAGUGCAUAAGUGGUGUUGAAGGUGUGCCGUUGUCCACGCAGUGGGGACCUCAAGGCUAUUUCUACCCCAUCCAGAUUGCACAGUACGGGUUAAGUCACUACAGUAAAAACCUGACGGAGAAACCGCCUCACGUCGAGGUGUACGAAACGGCCGAAGAGAAGGACAAAGCCGGCAGGUCCGUGGACUGGACGGUGCCGAAAGGCUGUUCUCUGUCCACAGUAUCUGAUAAAGCCAAGUUCACGAGCGUCAAGCAGUUUGUCGCUCCAGAAAAUACCGAGGGGGUGUCUCUGCAGCUUGGGAACACGCGAGAUUUUAUUAUUUCUUUUGAUCUCAAAUUCGUAACGAACGGGAGCGUUUCUGUGGUUCUCGAGACGACAGAGAAGAACCAGCUCUUCACCGUGCACUAUGUCUCCAACACCCAGCUCAUCGCUUUUAAGGACCGAGACAUCUACUACGGCAUCGGUCCCAGGACUAGCUGGAGCACCCUCACCAGGGACCUGGUGACCGACCUGCGGAAGGGCGUCGGCCUCUCGAACACGAAAGCCGUGAAGCAGACCAAAAUCAUGCCCAAGAGAGUGGUGAGGCUGGUAGCGAAGGGUAGAGGCUUCCUCGAUAACGUCACCAUCUCGGCCACCGCUCACAUGGCGGCUUUUUUCGCUGCCAGCAACUGGCUGGUGAGGAACCAGGACGAGAGGGGCGGCUGGCCCAUCAUGGUGACGAGGAAGCUGGGGGAAGGAUUUAAGUCCUUGGACCCGGGCUGGUACUCGGCCAUGGCGCAAGGACAGGCCAUCUCGACGCUGGUGCGGGCGUACCUGCUGACGAAGGACCAGGCAUUCCUCAGCUCGGCUCUGCGGGCGACGGCGCCGUACAAGCUGCCGUCGGAGCAGCGCGGGGUGAAAGCCGUCUUCAUGAACCGGCACGACUGGUACGAGGAGUACCCAACCUCGCCCAGCUCCUUCGUGCUCAACGGCUUCAUGUACUCCUUAAUCGGGCUGUAUGACUUAAAAGAAACGGCUGGGGAGAAGCUGGGGAAGGAGGCGCGGGUCCUCUACGAGCGGGGCAUGGAGUCCCUGAAGGCCAUGCUUCCCCUCUACGACACCGGCUCAGGGACCAUCUACGACCUUCGGCACUUCAUGCUCGGCACCGCUCCCAACCUGGCCCGAUGGGACUAUCACACCACCCACAUCAACCAGCUCCAGCUCCUCAGCACGAUAGAUGAGUCCCCCAUCUUCAAAGAGUUCGUCAAGAGGUGGAAGAGCUACCUGCGAGGCGGCCGGGCAAAGCACAACUAGAGCUUACAACCAAACCCCUCGGUCCUGCUGCCUCGCAGAGGUACGGUUUCAAAGGUUGCAUCCGAAAUUUUUCUUUAUGGACCGUUUCAAAGAAGUGAUCCUUAAAACUGAUCUCCUGAAAUCAUUGCAUUCCAGUGUGAAAAUAUUUGGGUCUGGUGGGUAGGAUUCGGGAACGUCACCUGUCCUUAGUGCUCCGCAGCGAAACUAUCUGUACAAAGCGAAAACCCCUUUGUGCUCCUGAGUUUGGGGACGUUUUGGGGUGUUUUUUUUUUUUCCUUUUUGUAGGAAAAUAUUUGCAGAAGCCAUACAGGUCUCUAAAGUCCAGCACUUGCCUGAAAAGUUAGUCUGUGGCCUCUUUUAAAAUGGAGUUAUAUGUGUAUAUGUUGGAACAGCGUAACAGAUCAUGUGGUGUAACGCCGUAAAUGUGUAUUUCCUUGUAGCCUGGGUAGUGGACAGUGUGUCUUUUUAAAGGUUUUUUGGUUUUUUUUUUUUAUAUACGGAUUCUUUUCUUGGGGUGAAAAAUACACAAUUUCUUUUCUUUUUUCCCCGGUUCUCUGUAUGGAGAUCCUUUAGCUGUAUGGUUUCUUUACAGACGUGCGGAUGGAAAACACGCAGACAGAGCGCGGGCUCCGAAGUCACGUCACAUAAGCACAACUCGGUGGGGCUCGCGGAGCUCACAAAGCCUGCAACCGUGCCACCCCCCUUCUAGAAAGCCAAACCUGCCGUCGCCCGUCAGGUUUGCCGGUGCCGCCUCCUCCCUGGAGGCUGGAAUCUCUUGUCGUGGAGCCUGAUGUUUUGCACUGUGUUUUUUAAUCACAUCUGAGAUGUUUCUCUAAGCUUUGGCAACUUCGCUCUUUGGGAGACUUGUCUUGAAUCCCUGAGCGUGACGUGGAGCUCAUUUUGAGGGGCGCACAGGAAAUUCAAUUGGAAUUAAUUAAGGUUUUCCUGUGGUGAUUUUCAUUUUUAACCUGCUUGAGUAUAUCAGGCAUUUUAAAAAUUAAAAUAAACCCAGAGGGCUUUCCAGCUCCUCCUGCGCUUUAAUACCAGGUGGCACCUCUGCCUACUGUCUUACUCGUCGUGUAAGGCGCUGUUACAUCUCAGCAGUGGCUUCUCGGGUGUGCUUUGUCCUCGUGGCUCUGCCAGGCGAGCAAGGGUACUCGUGCAAUAACCGCCCGCCCGCGUCCGAACCCAAACGCUUUCACUGUACUGUUGUAAUGCAGAAGAAACCAGGCGGUUUCUUUUCCCUGUGUAUCGACCCUUUACACCCACCGUUAUCUGCCUUCUCGGCGUGUAGCAUCCUGGUUGAUCCAGAAGAGUGUAACCCAUCGGUUGCAUCAUUAGAUCAGGGGUGUUUAGUUCGGUAGCGUAGCACAUACCGGGUUCUCAGCCCUGUUGAGGCACGCCGGUGUCUGCCGUAAGGGUCCCAGACUCGAAAGCUCCCGACAUACGCCGGCGUGGGAAGGACGCGUAUUAGCUCUGGGGUUUUUCCACUGAUCCCAUAACAUGUUGUACAUGUUGGUGGGGGUUGAGCUUAAAGAUGUUCAUACUGAGGAUAGAGUUCAUUCAAAUCACAAAAAGGCUGGGCACAAGGACAAUAUGUGUCUUUAUUUUUUUUUUUCCUUUAUUUUUUGACGCUUUUUCUAUUUCUUGCAGAUAUUUGAAAGAACUGUCUAAUUACUUGAUCUUUGCGAACACAUACUACGAUCAUAUCAAUUAAUGAGAAGUGGAUGUCACAGGAGAAAUUUCAAUACCAAAGGUAGCAGAGGUGAAUUUUUUUUUUUACGUACCCGUGUACACACACACGCGCGCGCACACGCGAAACCCAGACAGAUGUGCUUCCUUUACGAACAGCUGGUCCUUCCUGCAGACACAGAAACAUCUUUCUCCUGCGUGUUUCCUCCAUCUUUUGCCCAUUUGGGAUUUGGAGAAUCUAGAGAGACUCUUUGGGUACUGCUCGGGAGGUGGUAUCGGUGCCUUACGGAGGCCACAAUUUCCUCUUUUCUUCUUUUUUAAUUAAUGCCAGUUGAAAAAAAUCGCAGCGUCGCCGAUCUUUCGGUGCUGCGCGAGAGUCGGCGGCCGCGGUGGCAUAGGCGAGCUCGCGAGCGUAGGCUGGCCGCGCCAACGCCGUCGGUCCUGGUCAGGCCACCUUGUCCUUACCAUCGCCGUCGCGUUUUCGUUGGCCUUAGCCCACGCGUAAACCGAACCAACCACCAUCGGAGGCCGUAGAAGCGAGGAGAGGUAGCGCGGGGGCUUCUCCUGGUAUUUUUUUCAAUUGAGGUGUGCAGCGGAAGAGGAUUAGCAGAUAUUGGUGCCCGUAGCUUCAUCAAACUCCCUUAAGCUGGGUUUUGUUCGCUUGGUUUCAGUCUUCAAACUGACAAAAGGUCUUGGUCGCUAAGAUCUGUUUAACCUUUCCACGAGGCUUCCUGUACAUAGACUUCAUCGGAAACAUGGUGCGCGUGGGUAUAUGCAAACCGGCGACACAAGCACAACCGUACAAGUGUGGCAGUGCUGUUUUUCUCGGCCAUUGUGCAAGACAUUCGCUGAAAGCUGCUAUUUUCAUUCACCUUGUAGUUGUACUUUUAUUUUUUUCUACCUUUUUUUCUUUUUUUUUUUUUUACAUGUGGGAUAUACACCAUGUGUUAAAUAUGCAAUAAAUUGUUUACAGGAUGCUCUUGUGAAGGGUAGUCCUUUGUAAAGCUGUACAGACUUUGCAGUUUAAGCACAAUGUGCACAUGUUAGUUUUAUAUACAGCGAGACGUGACUUUUUGCAGAGGGAAAGGUUCUACUAUGUUUAUAUACAAAAGUAAAUGGAUCAACGUUUGUGCUUAAUGUAAAGCUGCUUUAUAAGACUGUAAAAUAAAUUUUUUUAUCUUAAGACAAA